CAGUUUCAUUUCUUCGUUUGCGACAGUCGGUUGUCCAGUUUGACAUAUUUUUCAGCGUUGGAAAGACUUGGAAAAAAAGAAAUAAUGAAAACGGUUUUUUCCGUAGUUGCUUUCUGCGUCGUGUUGGUGACCAUAAACGCAAAAGAAUCUCCCCCCAUGGUGAAGGUGUACAGCCGUAACCCAGGGGAAUAUGGGAAAGACAACACCCUGAUCUGUCACGUGAGUGGCUUCCACCCCCCUGACAUCAGCAUCCAGCUCCUGAAGAACGGCGUGGAGAUCCCCGACGCCAAGCAGACAGACCUGGCCUUCGAACAGGGAUGGCAGUUCCACCUCACCAAGAGUGUUGGAUUCACACCAGCCAGCGGAGAGGAGUACACCUGCAGAGUCCGUCACCUGAAGAAUAUGAAGACCUACACCUGGGAAUCAGAUAUGUAAGGCUUCGGUGUUCAUCGCUGCAGGUGUGUAUGUCUGAUCAUUUCAUUUGUAGAGAAACCGUCUAUUUAGCUGGCAGUUCUUUAGCUUUGGUCACUAACAAUUGGUGGUUAUUGUAAUACUGUAGAGAGCUGAAUAGGGCUGGGAGAUAUGGUAGGGCUGGGAGAUAUGGUAGGGCUGGACAAUAUGGUAGGGCUGGGAGAUAUGGUAGGGCUGGGAGAUAUGGUAGGGCUGGGAGAUAUGGUAGGGCUGGGAGAUAUGGUAGGGCUGGGAGAUAUGGUAGGGCUGGGAGAUAUGGUAGGGCUGGGAGAUAUGGUAGGGCUGGGAGAUAUGGUAGGGCUGGGAGAUAUGGUAGGGCUGGGAGAUAUGGUAGGGCUGGGAGAUAUGGUAGGGCUGGGAGAUAUGGUAGGGCUGGGAGAUAUGGUAGGGCUGGGCGAUAUUUAACAAUAAAUGAAAUGAUCCAGGUUACAUUGUUGACAGCACAUUGUUUAAAGUUGUGCAGUUUAAAUGUAGCCUACAGCUCUGAGGACAAAGUAAUUGUUUUUAUCUUCAAGCUAAUGUUUCUCUCAUGGACUAUCGGGGUUUCAUUUGACAUGAACAGGUGUUUUACUAUCAGACCAUUUAGCCCUCUGGUCAGCCCUGACAAUGGUAUGCUGUCUUCCCUACUUCUAAUAACGGUGAGCCUACAGCACCAACGGAGGGUCUGUCAGAAUCAAUCAGUUCUAUGACUUCUUUCACUGUUACUGUUAGCCUAGGCUACUGUUAGCCCAAACACUGUUGCUGUUAGCCUAGGCUACUGUUAGCCCAAACACUGUUACUGUUAGCCUACGCUACUGUUAGCCCAAACACUGUUACUGUUAGCCUAGGCUACUGCUAGCCCAAACACUGUUACUGUUAGACAAACACUGUUGCUGUUAGCCUAAGCUACUGCUAGCCCAAACACUGUUACUGUUAGACAAACACUGUUACUGUUAGCCGAGGCUACUGUUAACCCAAACACUGUUACUGUUAGCCUAGGCUACUGUUAGCCCAAACACUGUUACUGUUAGCCUAGGCUACUGUUA